AUGGCCCAGCCUCAGCCAUCACCAGCAACUCCUGGGGCCUUGGCCCAAUCCCUCUUCGGUGGGCCGGCAGUUCAGGCCCUAUCGACACCCAACCAGCCUUCGAACACAUCCACGCAACCUUCGCCUUCUCCGAUGGACCAAACUCCGGGUUCAGCAGCGUCAAGCAACAACACCUACAUCAUGCCCAACUCUCCUAUCAAGAGUAGAGGUACCCUCGAUGGCUAUCGUCCAAGGGUAACAAGGACCUUGGGUCAGCGACCAGCUUGCCUUGUCAACGCCUCGGUCACAUAUUGUGGCAACAAUCAUAUCUACGCUUUCGGAGGCUUCGAUCAGUACACUGACGAGGUCUACAACCAUGUCCUCAAGCUGGAUUUGGUCAGUCACCAGUGGAGUUUGGUUGACAACUACGGCGAUAUUCCCGGCGUAAGAAUGGGUCAUACUGCCACUCUAUACCAAGGUGACAAACUUCUGGUCUUUGGCGGCGAAAACGAGCACCGGACCUAUCUCUCCGACUUGAUCAUUUUCGAUCUGAAAACCGCGCACUGGACACAGCCUUCAGUAACUGGUCCUGUGCCCAAGGGUCGAGCAAGACACGCAGCGGUGCUGCACGAAGAUAAACUUUUUAUCGUUGGAGGCAUAACUGGUCACGACAACUACGUGCUUGACGAUAUCUGCUAUCUCGAUCUCAAGACCUUCACUUGGUCCCGCUCUUGGCGUUUCGUAGGUCGAUUCGACCACUCUGCCUACAUUUAUGGAGACAGGGUAUGGGUUUUCGGCGGAUUGUCUGAGGACAUGGACAAGAUUGGCGACCUCUGGUGGCUCGAUCUCAAGGGUAGUCCGGCUUUUGAUUCUGCGCCUCACGUCGGGAUCUACGAUCGUCAAUCUGGCACCAGCCGUGCUGUUGGAUCGCCAAGACAACCUUAUUCUAUGGCGCAUCCACCACCUGCAGUAGGCUCCUCAGGGUAUGCCGCCAACUCGCGGACUCAACAAGUCAACCCACCUUCUUUUCAGCUCAAGACCUUUUCACCCAUGGCCCCAGGAACAAUUUCAUCUCUGAAGUUCAUUUCCGGACCCAACAUACCCUCACAGGGGUCUGGCAUAUGCAUAUCCACCACUAUCUUCCAAGGAGUGUUCCUUAUCAGCACUGGACUUGGGAACCUUGCAGCACUGGACUUGGGAACCUUGCGAUGGCAAAAGCUAGCUGAGGGUCGCGAAAUCUUCAAGUCAGGCUACCGAUGGCACUACUGUACUAUGAACGAAGACGGAACUAAGGCAUGGCUGCUCGGGUGUCCUACCGACCCUGUCGCUUCGGACUUGGGCCCCAACGGGUUCGAGGAAUACCUGAGCGACAUAAUGGAGAUCGAUCUUCGUAGAUACGGCUUCUUAGGAAACAACUUUUCGUCUGAGCCACGUAUAGAAUCAAGGCCGACAACGCGAGUGGUCGACCAACCCUCAAAAGGGCUCGGGGCUGACUUGGCAAAACUCUUUGAUCAUCCUCCGGAGAGCGGCAGCGGCACUGACUUCAUCGUCACGGCCUUGGAAGGCGACUACGAAGACGACGACAUGAUGUCUCGUGUCGCAGACGCGUCUGCAGGCCAAAAUUGGCUCGCGCCUGACGCACCUACAUCCCAACCAAUCCACGUCCACAAGCUCAUUCUUCAGGCUCGUUGGCCACACUUCGCCCGGUUAUACAACUCCCAGAUGGCGGAAUUCCACACAAAGAAGAUGCACAUCCCCGAGCCAUAUUCAGUGGUCAAGGCAUUUCUUUAUUACUUGUACACAGACAGCAUACAUGGAACGUCUGUCAACGAGAGCGGUGCCACUACUGAUUUGUCUGACGUGGCUGGGCUUCUCGUCAUGUCGAACAUUUACGGCAUUCCGCAUCUGAGACUUUUGUGCGUGAACCGACUCUCCAAAGAACUCGACGUUGACCAUGCCUGCGUCAUCUGGCACUGUGCUGGACUUGCGAACGAAGAGUGGCUCCGCAAGCGGGCUGCACAGUUCUGUCUCACACACUGGGGUCGUAUCGUACGGACCCAAGGGUUCCUUCGCCUGCCAAGGUCGGCGCUUGUCGAACUCUCUCAGGAAAUCGACAUGGAGGGCCGCGUCGUCGGCGGUGAUGAACUGGAAUAUGUCGGCGGGUUGGCAGGUUCCCGGUUUGGAGAUGGGUGUUCUGUCGUCAGCCGGAAGGAGAGUGUGAGUAGCAACCACACGCAGCUACUUGACAGUGAAGCCGACGACGAAGAUGGCAUGGAGAUGAGCUAA